AUGAGUUCAGUUACCAAGUCUCGCCAUACAACCAAGACUGCAGUGCAAAAGCCAGCCAUAAUGAAUCAUUUGCCUGAACCCGACACCGAGUCGUAUAUUCAACCCAAUGAUUCUGGUGAUGACAAUGUUUCGCUUGCUAGUGAUGCCAUGGAUGAAAGUGUAGCCCACCAAGUCGAUUCCCAAGAGGAUUCUGUCGAUCAAAAAUCAGAAGAGGAUGAUGACAUGCCAGAGGCAAUUUCUACUAGAGCUACAAAAGAUUCUGCCAUGGCAGCUCUUCAAGCGCAACAAAAAAAAGACAAGCUCGAAAAAGAACUUCUCAAGGCGAAAAGACGAAAGCAAAAUGAUAUCAACAAGACACAACAGCAACAAAAGCGAGAAAAGAUUGCUGCUACAUUUGUCCGACCUAUUUCUAUCGAAACUCUUGAAGCAGCCAAAAUCGAAAAAGAAACUGCUGUUGCCAAUACUAAAUCCGUAGAUUUAGUCGAAGGAAAGCAUAUCAGAUUGAAUUCCAAGUCUCACAAGGUAUCCAAGAAAUCUGUUGGAAAUUCAAGUGUGUCAAACGAUGGUAGUGUUCGUGUUGGAAACUUGCUCGUGGUUCCACUUUCAUCACAGAGUUCUCAACAAGCAAAAGUUGCUGAAUCAGUAAAAAACUUUCGCAUGUCGAGACUAUUCAAGAAAAAAACCAAACGAACAUCAGCUAUCGACACGCUGGCACGUAGAUCAUGGAAAGAUACUCAAACAAUGCCUGCGGCUGCACCGUUUUUUACAAAAUAA